AUGAAUUACUGUACGAACAAAAUAAGGCAUAUAAUAGAAAAUAUUAAAUUGUACAAUGCUCGAGUUAAUUUUUCAAAGUGCCCGCCACAUUUUACCAUCUGCGUAGAUAGGUGUACUAUUCCUUACGUUCAGAAUACAAUGCAGUCUAUAAAAAGAAGUACGCUAUUAACUGGAUUGCCAGUUUCAAAAAAUCCUCAUAUUAUUCUAACAUCACUUUACAGGCGUAUACUCAAAGUGCUUGCUCUUAUGCCUGAGGAAUCCAGUUAUCGUAGGCACACAAACGAAAUAGUACAGUCCAGACUGAAUGCUGUACAAAAAAUUUCGGAUAUUCCCACUCUUGAGUCUACCAUUGAUUGUGGUCAAAUUGAAGAAGUUAUCGUACAGGCCCAAAGAGAAUAUGAUCUAGCACGUAAUAUGCUCAAGUGGAAACCUUGGGAACAGCUCAUUGAAGAGGCUCCUCGCGAUCAGUGGAAAUGGCCGCUUUAAAUAACCUUAUUUAAUAUUUUAGCAUACAAAGUACAAUGUGUUGUAGAUAUACAUUUUAUUUUAUCACAUUUUAUCUUUUUAUUUUUUUAUCUCAGUGAUCAACAUGAACUUAUAUAGUGUUGAUAGAUAUAAUUUAAAUAACUUCAACUUGUCUCUUGCCUUAGUCUCUAAAAAAAUAUCACCGUUUGAAGAUAGUAAUUUUAUUAACGAUAUCAUUCGAUUUCUCCUACUGAAGUUGAUGCGGUAAUAUUGACUCUGUGACACCACAAUCGAAAUUGUAAUAUCUCUAGACUACAUACAAGCAUCGUUGAUACAGAAUGUGGAUUUACGAAAUGCAAC